ACCUGACCAAAAUGGCUGAAACCAAUAUUUACGUUUCUCCUGUGGAAGAAAGACCAUUAGAUGACAGAACAAGGGAUGCUAUCACAGAUGGGCUGGUAGAUUUAUUGAGGCCAGCAGUAGAAGAAAUAGAUGACCGCGUAAAAUGUGUUCGAGAAAGUCAGAUGGAAUUAAGACAACAGAUUGACCUUGUUUCAGAUCAUUUAAAGAAGAUAUCUGAAAUUGAAGCAGUACCAGUAGAUUUAGAACCCUAUGUUAAAAAAUUAAAUAAUUCUAGAAGAAGAGUGAUGUUAGUUAAUAAUAUUUUACAAAAUGUCCAGGAUAGAUUAAAUAAACUACAUACCAACGUAUCUAAAGAAACAGCUAGGAGGAAAUCUUUAUUAGAUCCUGGAGCUACUUUUAAAUAAUAUAUUGAUAGACUGUUAUGAUAGAUAAAGCUCACAUUAAAUAACAGAACACAAUAUUAACGUGUGUAUCCAUGAGUAGUAUACCCUAAUAUGGUGUUCUGUUACUUGCUAGACUAUCUUAAUAAUCCAGUUAUGUAACUUACAUGUGAACGCUUACAUGAGUUGAACAUCAUUAUCAACUGGUGCUUUUAUUGUGAACGCUUUUUUGAGAAGUUAAAGUGUCAUUAUUAACUGAAAAUUUUAAGAUACACAUUUAGCACCAUCAUGAUAUCAAGCUAUUACGUACUGUGUUUAAUCGUUUGCCUUUAUAGCUAUUGAAACUACACGUGAAGCCAAAUUAUUUACAGACUUUCUGUAGAGAUCACUGAUUGGCUGUAUUCGGUAUAUAGUCCAAUUGAAUCAUUGCAGUCCAUGAUAAAAGAAAGAUGGCUAUUGCAGUCAAGGUAUUACAUGUAGUUCAUAAUACCUUGACAUUGUGAAGAUGGAAUUAUAUGUGAACACUUGCAUAUGGAGAAGUUAAGGUGUUAUCAACUGGAGCUUGUAAGAUACAUCUUUACAACAAUUUAUUAAAAUGCUGAUUUUGGUGUUUUAUUUUAUCUUAGAACUUUGUAUUAAGAGUGAGGAAGUUCAUAGAAACACCUGUGUAAAACACUGGACGAGGUCAUAAAAAGGUCACGAAACAUUAGGGUGGAGUGAAAUAUAUACAAGCACUUGAAGGACAAGACAUUCCAUGACAUUUUGUUACUGUAAUUUGGCUUUAAUUUGUUGUCUACAGAGACCACUACAAUCAAUCUUGAUGUGAAGUUGUGAACGCUUACAUGUGAAAAAGUUAUUUGUCAUUAUGAACUGGACCAUUUAAAAUACACUUUAUGUGUAUCAUGUUAUCUUAAAGUUAUUAAACUACGUAAUAACAUAAGAAUCUGACUUUAUAAAUAAAAAUCUUUUCAAGC